GACCUGUUUGCACUGGGCCUGUAAGCGGAACCACGCUGCCGUCGUGUCCUGCCUGCUGGCUGCGGGCGCCGAUAGGCAGAUUCUCACCGCGAACGGAGAGCUGCCUGCAGAGCUAACGUCGAAACCAGACAUCCGGAAGAUUUUGGGAGAGGAAGAAACUGAAUGUCAAGGAGUGAAGGAUUUAAAUUUGCCAGUUGUUGCAAACUACUUGGCAAACCCACCAUUCCCGUAUGCUCACACUGAAGCAAGCAUUCCAGACAGCUUGGCAGAAUCCCAGGAUGAAAGUGCUUCCACCUCUUCUGCUUCCCAGUGUGAAACCAGUCCUUGUUCAUCAGCAACUCAGGUGGAGAGCGUAUGCACACCCACAUCGUGCAACAGUGAAGAUGAUUUUCCUGCACGAGAUGCUGCAGAACAGCUGCCCGCCCCGCCAGCAACUGUCGCAGCACCAAAAUGGAUGGAGCCUGAAGCACAGAACAGCCCCGCUUGCCCGCCGGCCUUGUCUCACAGCAGAGGGCUGUGCUCUCCGGUAGCACCCCAACAGGCUGCACCUCUGCAAACUGACAGUUCGCCUACUGGUCCCGCACCAGCGUUUCAGCCCUUUUUCUUUACUGGAACUUUCCCAUAUAACAUGCAAGAACUUGUGCUUAAGGUGAGAGUCCAGAAUCUCAGAGACAACGACUUCAUUGAAAUUGAACUGGACAGACAAGAACUGACCUAUCAAGAUCUGCUCAGAGUGAGUUGCUGUGAAUUGGGCGUUAAUCCAGAGCAAGUGGAGAAGAUCAGAAAAUUACCUAAUACACUAGUAAGAAAGGACAAGGAUGUUGCCAGACUUCAGGACUUCCAAGAGCUGGAGUUAGUGCUUGUGAAAAGCGACAGCUCUCCUUUCAGAAAUGCUGCAUCAUCGACGGAGAGACCAUGCUACAACAGUAGAGCAUCAAAGCUGACUUACUGA